AUGGGCACAACAUCGCGUAACAAUGCUAAAGUGUCGGCCAAUUGGUGUCACACCGUCGCCGUGUUUUGUUUAUCCGGUGGCAGUGGAGGAGCGUGUGUUGGUGCGGCGCGCGUGUGUGUGAUGCGUGCGCGCGGUAGUGGCCCACCCAGCGCGCGGCCACACAGCGAGCCCACCCACGUGGCAGGGGCGCCGCACUCGCGGCCCGCGCCCCGCAUACUCGCCAUCUACUACCACGCUCCCCUUACGGCAUGCUGGCUACCGAACCACGACCAUCGAUCUGAAUCUUUGAUUGACAUGUGA